AAAUAUAUAACAAUCAAAGGUCGAAGGCGUUUUGGAAAUACCACAGGAAUAUAACAACAUCGCGAAAGAGUCUUUAACUUUUAAUAAAUUAGAUGUACAAUGAGCAGCAAUGAAUGAAGCUGACGUCAACUGAAUAUGGAGGGGCUCGUUGUCAUUUGCACUCACAGACGUCUCUUGUAUAUUUUUCUUUUCUUACGUUUUCUAGGCGUUCCACGCGUGCUGCGUUGGUUUUGUUGCCUCUGUUGGGAAUCACGUGGUUGUUUGGCUGCCUCGCUUUCAACAAUGCUACUAUUGCCUUCCAGUACAUCUUUGCCAUACUCAAUUCCCUCCAGGGUUUCUUCAUUUUCAUCUUCCACUGCCUUGCUAAUGACGAAGUAAGGAAGACGUUCGCCACCAGAGUACGACGUACAGUCAGUCGGGAAAAUUAUUUCAAACAAGACACCACACACCAUUCGCUGAGCAAUACGGUGAAGAGAUAUCAAACAUCCCCAUCGAAGACAACGACCACGCAAUCGGGUUUUGUUCCAGGCAAACCAAUGAUGGAUGCAUUCACUGAUAAACGUGAUAUUCGAUCCUCUCAAGUUAAGUUGUAACGCAGUACCUGGAGAAGCUGCUGCUGCACCAAACUCUAACGUAUACGUCAUAUUUUGAGUCUCGAUUGUCUGGUUUAUUGGAGGCCUUGGUUGGGUCCGACAUGCACUGCGCGUGCGCUCACUGGACACCUUUGCACCCAAGCUUUUGACAAUUGUACCUCAGCUUUAUAUACAGUUACUAUUGUUCUGCAUUUGCGUAUACGAACGUUGGUUAUUCAGUAUAUAUUAUCGUGAUACCCAAACCGUCCAAUAUUAUAUUUCAAGCAUGUCAUUGUUAAUACACUGUAUUGUUCCCUCAGAUUGCUCCGUCCUUUAUAACGACAUAAUGUUAUAGCUUUAUGUGUAUAGCGCCCUCUAGUUACGCGUUUCCUGAAACUUAGUAGUGUCAAACAGAUAACGC